GAUGCUUCUAUUAUUUUAAUCCAUCGAUCCCAUUGUCGUCUGCUUCUCCACUACACUCGCUUCAGCAUGUUUGUGAGUGGAGAAUGUCUUUGGUCUUCCGUCUCUCUAUCACACUCACUCUCACAUGAACGUAGUGUGAGUCUUAUGUAGAAUUAAUUCACUCUAAGAGACGAGAAUGAGUUGUUGUGAUGAUUUACGUAAGUAGUGAAUGGAAGAUAGGUGCACACUAUAGCCUGUGCGAGAGACAUUUAUAAUUAAUUCUUUUGUGUGUGAUACAAAGAGACAAAAGAAAAUAGGAUUAAAUAUUCAUGUGUGUGUGUAUCGUGAAUUAAACUAAUUCUGGUGAGAAAAACUAGCAUUCGUAAUCGAAGUUUGAUGUCACUAGAAGAGAUGUUUGUGUUCUCAUUUAGACUCUCCUCGUGUGAUGUUGUACACAACAGCGACGAAGAUCAUUGCUGACAUUCAUCGAAAAGUGUCGAUGAAAUGUCGUGCAUGCGGUUUACCGUUACCCAAUUUCACAUGGCUGAGGAAUAAUGUGCUCGUCUAUGAGUCAAAUGUCAUAGUCAAGAGGGAAAUAGUCGAUGAUCUUUGUUUGGAGACAACGCUGGAAAUCCUAGAUUUGAAUGGAGAUCAGUAUGGUCACUAUGAAUGUCGAGCGGACAACAUACUGGGUCAUAGUGGUGCUUUCAUCGAUAUCGAGCAAGGUCCCAUUGUUAUUAAAAAGCAUCGAACAGCCAGUCAUCAGUACAAUUCUCGAAAGGAUGAAAUGAAUCGAAAUGAACGAACAGCGCAUGCUCUGCAGUUACUUAAGCCAAGAAAUAAAUCGAAAAAUAAAACGAACUCUAACGAGCGAAGUACGUACAGUAUGAACAUGUGACAAUGUCACUAGUGUUGUAUGUUUUGUAUAGGAAUGUCCGAGUCUUCGCCGGUGAGCUCGAGAGAGAAAAAGUUCAUUCGAUCCGAUAUAUGGUUGAUCAUAUGUUGGUGUAUGGUGUGGUAUAUUCGAUGGAUAUAUAAACCAGUAUGAGAAACAUAUCAGCGAGAUAAUUCU